AUGUCAAAAGAAAAAAACAACGAAAAGCUUACCUUGAUUGAAGAGACUUCCAAUGUUCCGUUCUUUAAAAAGAAGAACAAAAUUAACAAGAAUAUACGCAAACGUCAAAGAGAUAAAUCUGAUGAUGGGUCAGAUAAUGAAGAAACAAACUCUACAGUAGUUAGAAAAGAACGUAAAUUGGAAGCUUCCCCUUUUAUACAAGAGACUAAACGGGAAAAAAGAGUAACAACUGAAGAUAUAAGCGUUACUUAUGCCUCAAAUAAAUCUGCGGCCUCUUCAAUGCCUCAUGAUGUCGCAACAAGAACAGCAGAAUGGGAUACAGCGGCUGAUAAAGAUGCACAAGCUUUGCUAGAAAAAAAGCUGGCUGCUGAAGAGGCAGAAGAUGAUAAUUUAUAUAAAGGCCAACACGCUUAUAAAUCAUAUAUAAAAAAACGUGAUACCGCAGCUGGAAGUGCUGCCAGCUCCAAAAUAAAAGCAGGACCUAUUCGAGCGCCAGCAAAUAUUCGGGUAACAUCACGGUUUGACUAUCAACCCGACAUAUGUAAAGAUUACAAGGAGACUGGGUUUUGUGGAUAUGGAGAUUCUUGUAAAUUCCUGCAUGAUCGUGGGGACUAUAAAACUGGAUGGCAACUAGAACGCGAAUGGGAAGAAAAGCAAGGAAAAUUAGGACGUGACCCCAACACGUAUAUAGUGGAAAGUAGCGAUGAAGAUAGCGAUAAUGAAUUGCCAUUUGCUUGUCUUAUUUGUCGUCAAGAAUACUCAAGUCCAAUAGUCACCAGAUGCGGUCAUUAUUUCUGUGAGAAAUGUGCAAUAAAAAAUUUCGCAAAAGAUCCAAAAUGCUUUGCAUGUGGUGCACCAACUAAUGGGAUAUUUAAUGCAGCGAAAAAUCUUUUACAAAAGUUAAAAGAAAAGAAAAAAAGGUAUGAAGAAAAAGAACAAGAAAAACAGCAACCGCCAUCCAGGGAGGUCAACUCUGAUAGCAAAGAUAAUAGUGAUGAGGAUGACGACGAAAGUGAUUGA